CAGAAAGUGUCUGUUGUUGCUUUUUUCCUUCUCUUUUUGUGUCUGUUCAGCACAUUCAUCUGUUUGUUCUCUUUUCUUUUUUAGUUUCUUUUUGUUUCUUUUUGUUUUCAUAUCAUCCACCACACCAGAGAGAAGAACAUGUCUCCUGCAGUCGUACAAGCUGGUGCUGACUCUGCAGCCAAAGAUGUCAAGAGGGAAUCUGCAACUGCCCGAUUGCUGGGGUCCGGAACGGCUGGAAUUGCCGAGUUGAUGGUUUUCCACCCCGUCGACACGAUUGCUAAGCGUUUGAUGAGCAACCAAACAAAGAUCACUUCCACGAAUGCCCUCAAUCAGGUCAUUUUCAGGGACUACGCCGAUGCAGCCGUUGGUCGCAAGUUCACUUCGCUCUUUCCUGGAUUGGGAUAUGCUGCUGGCUAUAAGGUCCUCCAACGAAUCUACAAAUAUGGCGGCCAACCUUUCGUGCGCGACUACCUGGCUAAGCAUUAUGGCUCGGAAUUUGACAAUGCAUUUGGAAAGGGAACAGGAAAGGCCAUUAUGCAUGCGACUGCUGGAAGCAUAAUUGGGGUCGGAGAGAUAGUCUUGCUGCCUCUUGAUGUUCUGAAGAUUAAGCGCCAGACGAACCCGGACGCGUUCCGUGGCCGCGGCUUGUUCAAGAUCAUUUCGGACGAGGGGAUGGGCCUUUACCGCGGCGCCGGCUGGACAGCAGCCCGUAAUGCCCCCGGAUCUUUCGCGCUCUUCGGCGGUUCUGCUUUUGCCAAGGAAUACAUUUUCUCCCUGAAGGACUACAAUGCGGCCUCAUGGGGACAGAACUUCGUGGCCUCAAUCUGCGGUGCUAGUGCAUCGUUGGUGGUUUCGGCACCGCUUGAUGUGAUCAAGACGCGUAUUCAGAACCGCAACUUUGAGAACCCCGAAUCUGGCUUCCGAAUUGUGUCGAACAUGCUCAAGAACGAGGGAUUCACCAGCUUCUUCAAGGGUCUCACUCCCAAACUACUGAUGACGGGACCUAAGCUCGUCUUCAGCUUUUGGCUGGCGCAGACCCUGAUCCCUGCGUUCAAUAAGGCUGUAUAGUGUGCUUAUAUGCUGGAUAUCUAUUUUUUUUUUUUUUUUUUUUUUUUUUUUUUUUUAAUUUUCCGUGCCCUUUUUGUGUCCUUUUUCCUCAUCUCGCUCUUGGUUGGCGAGCCUGCCGUUGUGGGAUUUUAAGAUUCCAGCUAUCUUCCAUUCUUGCCUGUGUCAAUAGAGAUUUUAAGAAUUUAAAUGACUAUGGAUUCAACAAUUACUUCAGGGAAUUGCGAUCCAUUGAAUAAUUAACUUAAUGUCUUCUUCAGCCUACCUAGGACCAGGUACCUGCCUCUUUGAUUGCUUUGAUCAAUAAAUACUAUGACGACAGAUCUGAGCUGUCUCUCACAAUUAUUACAUUGCAACCUCUGUAGCAUCUAUAUCAGUAUAUAAAU